UAAUAUUCAGAAAACAAAAUAUGAUUGUUGUGUUGUUGUUCUUGUGAAAAAAAACGUUAGUUCAAUUUUUCGGUUAACUAUUCGUUAAUAUGUUGUCGUCAAUACUGUUUUCGUAGUUUCAUACCGUUUUACGGCCAAAUGGGAAACUUUUUGUUCAAUCGGGCGGUCAGAUUUAUCGAUCUCACUAUUGCAUCAUAAUUUAGUGUUAAACGCUAUUCUAAUAGGUAGCUUACGACAAAAAUGGAAUUAGAUAUCAACGAAAUGCCUGAUAAUUCUCCUCUAAAAAAAUAUUCUAGUGAAUUAGCUAGUCAAGAUAAAAUGAUCAUCAGAAUUAAGAAACAAGAACCAGAUGUAGAUAUUGAAGGUAAAGAUUCGUCCACGGAGCAUGAUGAAGUUGUGUCGUACACUUGUGAAUUUGUUCAAAAAGUUGAUGAAACUAAAUCAGAUUUGAUUGACGAAAUAUGUGAUGAACCAAUUGAAACUAUACGUCAAGAUGAAAAUUUUAUAUAUCCAGCUAUAACAAAUUCUGAUGAUGAAGAUACGAACGAUGCAACAUGGCAGCCACCAUCUAAUAUUUUAACUCCUGGGGACCGCUUAACACGCAAACAUAUGAAAUGUUUGUAUCCAAAAGUUGAAAAACCUUUAUCAAAGAAAAAGAAAUGUAAAAAUAACAAGAAAAAUGUUGAAGUACCAAUUAAACGUUUGAAAAAAGGUCGACCAAAGACUAAACAAGUUUUAGAAAACAUAGAUGUUUCAAAGCCAGCUACUGAAGUAGACGUACCAACUGUUGGUGAAUCAAUAACAAAAAAAGAUUGUGAUUCAUUAACUCCUAAAGUUGGUAGACCAAGAAAAGGUAUGGCUACACCAAAACAACGCCUGGGACGUAUUCUAAAAAUACACAAAAUGAUAAAAUAACAACUCAAGAAAAAUCUGAAUAGAAAGCAUUUUCAUAUUUUUUUAAGUGCCAAAUAGUUUAUAUUUUUAAUAAUCAGUAGUAAAUUAUUAUGUUCCAAUAAAGCAUUUGUAUAUAGAAGUGUAAAUUUAAUAAAAACUACUUAAAAGUAUUCUUACUUUUGCUGUCAUUUUGUAUACAUUGAAUCUUGUUAUUCAAAUAUAUAUUUUACUCCACUUAAUAUCCAAAUUAAAUAAUUAAAUAUUUUUGUGGAUUUGUUCUUUAAUCAAUAUUCCGCUGUAUAAAAAUUUAAAUACUUAAAUAUUGAUGACUUUUUAUAUAAGUCAAUAUUUACUUACGAGUUAAUUUCAUUAUAUAAUAAAUAAAUUCCACAAUUAUUUUUUGACUAAAUUUGCUUGUUGUAAAUGUUAGAGACUAAAAAUAACAUACUCUGUAUUUUAUUAGGUUUUUUGAUAUUACAUGUAAGAAUUAAAAAUAAAUUAGUAGUAUUUUUUUUAAUUAGAUAAUUAUAGCUCUUUUAUGUUAUAUAAUAAAAAGCCUACAAAUUAUUAU